AUGGUGCGCCAUCCUUUUCCUCCUGCUAUUGCUGCUGCUUCUACUGCAACUACUAACCCCCGUGCGUGCUUGGGCAUUCCGCGAGGCCCGCUAUGCUGCCAGCGGCGCGACCAAAGCGGUCUGGAGAAGCUGAUGCAGGAUCGUAGCGACCCAUACCUGCUGCCCAUUCAGGAGCUCGACAUCCCACGCAUCGCCGCCAUCGCGCUGGAGGAGGGAAAGGAGCUGCAGCACCUCUGGGAUGGGCUCACUGCCCUCAACGCCACACUUCGCAUGCAGGUGGAGGACGGCGCAGCGACGAAGGAGGAUUUGGACGCGGCACUGCGUUUGUACGCCGAGGUGAUGCGUCACGCACCAACAACGAUAGCAGCUGCAGCAGGAGCCGAGGGCGCAGGCAGUGGCGGGGACGCUAUCCCAAAGUCUCUCUCAGAGGACGAAUGGCGGAGGGAGUGGGAGGAGCCGUUGCGUGAGUUCCGCAUCAUCGUCCGCGCAGGUGGUGACACACGGAUUCCGUAG